CUUCCCUAUUCGGAUAGAUCGAUCGACGAAUCACGAAAACGAAAAAGCUUUCUGGCUAGGGUUUGUUAUCUGUGUCAAUGGCGAGCCUCACCGGGGAAGGAUGGGAGUCCAAAUUGGAGGAUAAAGCGCCGACAGACAAAAGGCCUCGAAUUGAAUCCGAUGACGGUGGCGACAAAUCUAUUUGUGAAGCUGGAGACGAUAGCGACAAAUCAGCUGGAGACGAAGGCGAAAAAUCUGUUUGGGAAGGUGGAGACAAUCGAAAAAUACCUGUAGACGAUGAUGAGUAUUACAGCGAUGAGAUGCCCGACGAGGUAUAUGAAGAAUAUGCUAGACAGGUUAACGAGAGCGAGUGUUUCGAGGUCGAGGACUUCAGGCAAUAUUUCAUGUAUAAUAUGGUGGUGCCAGUUGAUAUUGAUGACCAUUAUCUGAAUUUAAUCACUCCUUUCGCAGAGUUGGGGAUAAAGCAGUUCAACAAGGAUGAGAAUGCGAAUUUUGAGUUUGUGAGGCUUGUGAAUCUUACCGCAAGGCUUGUCCGUGGUACCAACUUUUACGUUACCUUUGAGGCAAAGGAUGCUGAUGGCAGUCAAAUUAAGACCUUCCAAGCUCUGGUGUUGUCAGCACCAGGACGUGAGAAAGACGAGCUCAUAUUUUGCAGGCUGAAACCCCCACCCACCAAAAUGCAAGGUACUGAGCAUGAGCAGGCUGGGCAAGGCCUCACUUGUUCCUGAUCUGUUAUCUGAGUGCAGACGCCGAGUGGAAAGCCCAGGCAGGCAACAUCUGUGUUGCUUCAUCUGACUGGAGCUGUAGCGGGAUUUGCAGGUCUUCUGAUAGGAUCGAGGAGGUCCAUAGUCGGUGGGGAGAGGGUGAGAAUGCUUGGAAUUCUUCUGAACUUGAAGAACUGAGUUAAAAAGAAUAGCUUUGCAUGUCAUGUAUUUGUGUUGGUAUACAGAGCAAAAUCAUCCUAACAAACCCGAGAGAGAGAGAGAGCGGCCAUACUGUGGGAAUGUGCUCCAUUUUAGCGAAGAGCUACUCUGAACAAUAGCUAGGAAAAGAAGGCUGAGGCUUUAAGCCUGUAACCACCUAGUCCAUUCUUUGAUUGAAGGCUAAUUUGUAAGUUGCAGUUCCUUGGCUGUCAAGCUCCUUAAUAAAUACAAAUCUCUGGUGGAUUUUCUGCCCUCGUUUCAGUA